AUUUGCAUCAUAUGCGGCCCAGAAAGAUUUGUGAUGUAUGUGAAUAAUUGUGAAUAAGAGCUUUAAUAAAAUAAUUUUCUUUGUCUAAUAAGACUGACGUUUUGUUCAAAAAACAGCAUCGGUUCUUGUAAGAGCAUAUUGUUGUGUUAUUUUAAGACAGAUGAUGGUAUAGGUUUAAGUUUCUUAAAAAAUGUAAGCAAAAGUUUUAAUUUUAAAGAAAGUUAGUCAAGAUGAUUGAUUUGGAAGACUUGGAUACGGCCCUGGAGAAAACUGGAUAUGGACGCUUCCACUACGAAAUCCUCGCUGUCAGCGCCUUAUCCAUCGUUUCCAUGGGUUUCCAGAAUGGACUCUCUUCAUACGUCUUUCCAGCCGCCCAAUGUGACCUGAACCUAACUUCUUAUGAGCUGGGAAUACUCAAUAUGGCCUUCAUGAUUGGAGGCAUCGCCAGUUGUUUUUUAUGGGGCGCCUUAGCCGAUAACUUCGGCAGGAAGAACAUCUUGAUAUUGGCACAUUUUAUAGAUGCCACAGUUACCCUGGUGUGCUCUGUGCUGCCUGGAUCGUUCGUGUUAUUGGUGUGUAGGUUUUUGAAUGGAUUUAUAGUAGGUGCACCUGGUAGUAUUAUCUUUACUUACGUAGCCGAAUUUCAACCUCCCAAAUACAAAACACCCAUGGUCUGUUGCUGCGGUGUUUUCUUCACUCUCUCCUGGCUUCUCCUACCACUAAUGGCAUAUUUUAUCCUGCCAAUCCAAGGAAUAAACUUUAACAUCGCCAACACAUUCAUCAUGGUACCUUGGAGGUUCUUUUUGAUCAUCCUCACCUUGCCAGAGUUCCUAGUAACGAUAUGGUUACUAAAAACUCCCGAAACACCAAAGUUUCAUUUCGCUAAAGGAAAUCAUCGAGAGUGUUUGGAAGUGUUGAAGACGAUGUAUUCAAGAAACACUGGAAAUCAUCCUGAAAACUACCCAGUCAGAAAGCUGGCAACUGACAUGAAAAUGGAGAUUCAAAAUGAUGUAGUGUGUGAGGGGAAAUCUCAGAGGAUUUUAAGGAAUAUGGUGAAGCAGAUCAAGAGCUUGUUUGUUAGUCCACUUUUGAAAGUCACUUUCCUGACGUGCUUUAUUAUGUUUGGAAAUAUGUUUGGGAUGUUUGGAUUGGGUUUGUGGCUUCCCGAAAUCUUCGUCAGAUUUGACCAGUUCGAAAAACUCUAUCCCAACGCUACGCCAUCAAUCAAAGAACUGUCACAGCUGACCAACGAGAAAAACAUCUCAUGCGAAUCAACCUUCGACUCAACAGUAACGUUCAACACCGUGGUCAUUGGGUCAACGUCGCUGUUUAUUAACAUCAUUUGCAGUUUGCUAGCUACCAAGCUCCAUUUCAAGAUCAUACCCUUGACAGCCAUGUUGGUCGGAGGAGUCAGCAGUGGAAUUUUCUAUUUCCUUACCAGCUCUAUGCAGAAUCUAGUUGUAGCAUCGAUUUUCCAAGCUGGAAUGAUCAUUGCUAAUAUGACCAUAGGAAGUAUAGCUGUGGAACUGUAUCCUACCUCGGUGGUUGGAAUUGGACUUAGUUUGAUUAUGUUUUCUGGGAGACUUGGAGCCAUGACUAGCAGUUACUUGUUUGGAUACUUUAUGGACACACGCUGUGAAAUACCGAUAUUCGUUGUGGCAUUUGUGGUGUUGCUGGGUGGAGUUGUAGGGUUCUUUGUGCCUAGACAAAGCGAGUAUGCGAAAAGAAGGAAAAUAAGUACUGCAAGUAGUGGUAUAGAGGUGGCUGUGUUAUCACAUAAUGGUGAAAUUAAAUUUAGGUGAAAAAUAUUUUUAAGUAUUUCUUAUAUUAUUUUUUAUAAUAAAUUUACUGUGUUCUUUUUAUAAUAAAAAAUUAUUUUAUA